AUGCGUCUGUGGAUCCUAAUUCUGGGGUUGGCGGUCACGUUGGUCCGGGCGUUUCUGGGCAACGUGACCGACGACGACUCGCUCGGCACGCCCGAGCUGCUCCUGCCGUUCCAGCAUCUCGGCAACGACCUGUGGAGACGGGUGGUCGAGAACCGGGCCAAGGCUCCGAGCUCGGUGAUGACGACCACCUCGAGUACUACGACGCACACAGAGUCCACAAAUCUGUUCACGGCGUCAACAGUGCCCAAUUACAACCAGCCGACCGGCACCACGCCGGUGGUGGCCACUCCCAUCGCCAACAACCAGCCCGUGGACUACGUGAUGAAACUGAACGAUACACGUAUCUACAAUCUGACGGACAUUCCUGCCAACGCCAAGACGAUUUACAUCACCGCCAACAUCUGUGCCGGUCCACCUAACCUCAACUACAAAAACAUGUCCAUGGACUACGACUACACAGCCCCUGCAUUACUCAAGGCUGGAUGGAACCCGCAGAACAUUGUCUUUUCCAUGGACAACUUCGAGUUUGGAUUCGCCAACUUGACGAUUGAUGUUAGCGCGGUGCAGGUGACGAACCUCUACAUUCAGCUGGAUUUCAGCAACAUGACGUUCGACACCAGUGCACUGACCAAGAUCGACUCAGAUGUCAACAAUGUCGACAAACGUCAAGUAAAACACGCAGAGCUCAAGAAGGACAAGCUCACCAAGCGGAAGGACAAGGAUGAGGACAAGGAUGAGGACAAGGCGCCCCAAGGAGGCUCGGACGAUGGAGAUGAGGUGGUUACUGCUGCCCCCAGCGAUGUUUCUAAUAACGGAGUAUCCAAACCUGCGGCUCCCACGUCGGUCGCAGGACAGGCCACUCAGCCUGGAGACUUCACAUACUCGCUGGGGGUUUCAUGGGAAGCGCCUCUCUAUUCCUUCAAGGACACACCGAACCUCUAUCUGGUCGACUCCGACUACAACCAUGCAUUAUUUGUGACGGGCAACCUGACAACCGAUCCCCAGAACGCCACAUCGGACCAUUACAUUGUUGAUAUCAAAAACGCCAUCUACGACAUUACUGCGUUCCCCAUGGAGAACGAAAUGCAGCUGUGGUGGCUCUCCAACUCGUAUUGUGCCAUCCAAAAGGGCCCAUCUGUGCUCAACUCGGGUAACUGCGAUGUUUCGUACACCCGGCGAGGUCUCGGACAUUACUACAAGCAGCAAUUUUUCAUGAAGGGGCUGAACAACUCUACCCCCUACCUUGCUGUGCUAACCAAACCCAACUCAAACACGCCAGGAGGCACCGUUUACGACCAAGUGUGGUUCUCCUCCAAGACAUCAGACAAUUGCCAGCUGGUCUACGAUUUGGACUUUUGCUCUGAUGUGGCGUACGCGGUUCCAGGAAACUCGUCCAUGGUGGACUCACAGGAACUAGCUAAAUUAUACGACGAUAACGCCUCCAAAUGGUGGCAAAACUUCACCUACUCACAACAGAUUGUCGCCUGUAACGCGUCGCUGGACUCGAGAUACUCCAUUCUCAAGUCGUGCGACGACUGUGCUGACUCAUACAAGCAGUGGCUUUGUGCCGUGACCAUUCCUCGGUGUGCGGACUGGUCCAACAACGCAACCUAUUUACAAGAACGGCCUCCUGGCACUUCACGAAACGCCCUCAUUGAUCGCGUUCUCAAGCCCGGACGGUACAAGGAGAUCCUGCCGUGUCUGGACCUUUGUCAGAAGAUUGUGCAGGACUGUGACGCUUCUUUGGGCUUCCAGUGUCCCAAACAGCAUCGAAAUAGAGAGCUCAGUUACGGGCUGCGAUCAGACGACGGAGAUAUCACAUGCUCGUAUCUUGGAGCAGUCUACUUUCUGGACGGCGCGCGAGCAGUGACGCUGUCCGUCGCCCUGAUGGCAGUGUCGUUCCUGUUUGUGGUCUUGUGGUAG